CCCGGCGCCGGGCAGCCCGGCAGUGUGGCGAGGCGGGCGGGCAGCGCUGCGCUCCCGGUCCCGCUGCCGAUCCCGCCGCCAUGCCGCCGCCCUCCUUCCUCCUCCUCCUCCUCCUCCUCCUCCCCGCGCCGCUGCUCCGCCGGGCGCUGGCCGCCGCAGGGCUGGAGUACAGCGACGUGCUGCCCGACUCCUUCCCGUCGGCGCCGGCCGAGACGCUGCCGCACUUCCUGCUGGAGCCGCAGGACGCCUACAUCGUCAAGAACAAGCCCGUGGAGCUGCUGUGCCGCGCCAACCCCGCCACGCAGAUCUACUUCAAGUGCAACGGCGAGUGGGUCAACCAGAACGACCACGUCACCAAGGAGAGCCUGGACGAGGUCACCGGGCUGCUGGUGCGGGAGGUGCAGAUCGAGGUGUCCCGGCAGCAGGUGGAGGAGCUCUUUGGCCUGGAGGAUUACUGGUGCCAGUGCGUGGCCUGGAGCUCGGCGGGCACCACCAAGAGCCGCCGCGCCUACGUCCGCAUCGCCUACCUGCGGAAGAACUUUGAUCAGGAGCCGCUGGGCAAGGAGGUCCCACUGGAGCACGAGGUGCUGCUGCAGUGCCGCCCGCCCGAGGGGGUCCCACAGGCUGAGGUGGAGUGGCUGAGGAACGAGGACAUCAUCGACCCCGCCCAGGACACCAACUUCCUGAUCACCAUCGACCACAACCUCAUCAUCAAGCAGGCCCGGCUGCUGGACACUGCCAACUACACCUGCAUGGCCAAGAACAUCGUGGCCAAGCGCCGCAGCACCACGGCCGCCGUCAUCGUCUACGUGAAUGGUGGCUGGUCCACCUGGUCCGAGUGGUCUCCGUGCAAUAACCGCUGCGGGCGGGGCUGGCAGAAGCGCACGCGGACCUGCACCAACCCCGCGCCGCUCAACGGCGGCUCCUUCUGCGACGGGCAGCCCUUCCAGAAAAUCACCUGCACCACCCUCUGCCCCGUGGACGGCGCGUGGACCGAGUGGAGCAAGUGGUCGGCGUGCAGCACCGAGUGCACCCACUGGCGCCGCCGCGAGUGCGCCGCGCCCGCGCCCCGCAACGGCGGCAAGGACUGCAGCGGCGUGCUGCUGGACUCCAAGAACUGCACUGACGGCCUCUGCCUGCACAAUAAGAGAAUUCUAAACGAGCCCAAAAGCCACCUGCUGGAGGCCACGGGUGACGUGGCCCUGUACGCCGGGCUGGUGGUGGCCAUCUUCGUCUUCGUGGUGAUCCUCAUGGCCGUGGGGGUGGUGGUGUGGCGCAGGAGGCGCCGGGAUUUCGACACCGACAUCACCGACUCCUCGGCCGCUCUGACCGGCGGGUUCCACCCCGUCAACUUCAAGACAUCCCGGCACGACACCCCUCAGCUGCUGCACCCGUCGAUGCAGCCGGACCUGACGGCCAGCGCCGGCGUGUACCGCGGCCCCAUGUACGCCCUGCAGGACUCCUCUGACAAGAUCCCCAUGACCAACUCCCCGCUGCUGGACCCCCUGCCCAGCCUCAAGAUCAAGGUCUACAACUCCUCCACCGCCUCCUCCUCCUCGCCAGGGCUGCACGACGGCACCGACCUGCUUGGGGGGGUCCCUGCCGCCGGCACCUUCCCGGGGGACAGCAGCAGGGACGGGCACUUUGCCAGCGUGAGGAGCAAAGGUCUGGGCUCCCAGCACCUCCUCAGCCUGCCCCGGGAGCAUGGCUACAGUGCCAGCGGCACUUUUGGCUACCUGGGGGGAAGGCUCACCGUGCCAGGCACAGGGGUCAGCCUGCUGGUGCCCCACGGGGCCAUCCCCCAGGGCAAGUUCUACGAGAUGUACCUGGUGCUCAACAAGGCUGACACCGCUCUGCUGCCCUCGGAGGGCACGCAGACCGUGCUGAGCCCAGCAGUGAGCUGCGGGCCCACGGGGCUGCUGCUGUGCCGCCCCGUCGUCCUGACCAUUCCCCACUGCGCCGACGUCGCCUCCUCGGACUGGAUCUACCAGCUGAAAACACAGUCCCACCAGGGAAACUGGGAGGAAGUGGUGACCCUGGAUGAGGAGACGCUCAACACUCCCUGCUACUGCCAGCUGGAAGCCAAGUCCUGCCACGUCCUGCUGGACCAGCUUGGCACCUAUGUCUUCGUGGGGGAGUCCUACUCCAGGUCAGCCAUCAAGAGGCUCCAGCUGGCCAUCUUUGCCCCCAGUGUCUGCACCUCCCUGGAGUACAGCCUCAAGGUCUACUGCUUGGAGGACACGCCGGACGCUCUGAAGGAGGUGCUGGAGCUGGAGAGGACACUGGGGGGGUACCUGCUGGAGGAGCCCAAGCCCCUGCCCUUCAAGGACAGCUACCACAACCUGCGCCUCUCCAUCCACGACAUCCCCCACGCGCUCUGGAGGAGCAAACUGCUGGCCAAGUACCAGGAAAUCCCCUUCUACCACAUCUGGAGUGGCAGCCAGCGGGCUCUGCACUGCACCUUCACGCUGGAGAGGUACAGCCAGGCCUCCACCGAGCUCACCUGCAAGAUCUGUGUCCGGCAGGUGGAAGGGGAAGGGCAGAUCUUCCAGCUCCACGUCACGCUGGGAGAGCACGGCAGCUCCUCCGACACCCUCCGCUCCCACCACAGCAGUGCCACCACCACCAGCACCACCCAGGUGGGACCCUACGCCUUCAAAAUCCCCCUCUCCAUCCGCCAGAAGAUCUGCAACAGCCUGGAUGCUCCCAACUCCAGGGGCAACGACUGGAGACUCCUGGCCCAGAAGCUUUCCAUGGACCGGUACCUGAACUACUUUGCCACCAAAGCCAGCCCCACUGGGGUGCUCCUGGACUUGUGGGAAGCCGAGCACCAGGACGACGGCGACCUCAACAGCCUGGCCAGUGCCUUAGAGGAGAUGGGCAAGAGCGAGAUGCUGGUGGCCAUGGCCACUGAGGGGGACUGCUGAUGGUGCCCCCCACGCCUGGGGGGCCAGGAGCACGAAGCAGGGGGUGAGGAAAAGUCCUCCCUCCGUGGCAGGGGGAGGCACAUCCGUCCUGAGUGGGGAGAGGCUGGUGCUUCUCCUGCAUCACUGUCAGCCUUAGAGACCCGUCCUCAGCGUUUACAAGCAAUCCAAGUGUUACACAGCAUCCUCCUCCUCGUGGCACAGGGAGGAGUUAGGGCUUUCUCAAGUUGGGAUGGGGGCUUUCCUUUUUCCUUCUUCUCUUUGGGUUCCCUCCCUCCUCCUUUAAUAGAGAUGAAUGCAAUCCAGGCUUAAUUCCUGUCAAAGGCUUCAGGCGAAUAGGAAAGAAAAAAAAGGAAAAAAACAAAAAAAAAAAAACCAGUUUCUUAGGAAACGCAAAUAAUUUAUUAUCCAGAUCUUUGGAUGUGUCCUUUUUAAAAAAGAAAAAAAAAAAAAAAAGAAAAAAAAGACAGAUUUAUAAAUCUCUUUUUUUUCAGGUGUGUGAGAGCAAGAGCGUCGCUGUGGUCAGGGGUGGCAGAGAGAUUUCAAUGGACACACUCCUGCAGGGAAAAGUGUGUGAUCCAAGUUGAGCAAAACAUGUUUACACAUCCUGGGAUGCCCAGGGAGUCUGGAGGGUGAAGUGCCUCUCCACCCCUCUGGUUCAGGGCCAGCUCAGACCUUUCCCAAGGCUUUUGUCCUUGCCAACUCCCUUUUCCCAGCAGGAAUGACGGGUCCCACUCCACCUGCAGGGAGGGAUGAGGGAUGCUGCCCUUGAUUUAGGGUUCAGGAUGGGGAGAGUGCAUCCAGAGAUGGGUGUUUUUAAUGAAUUCUCCCCUGGCAUGGUUUGGGGGAGCUUUUUAGGAUGACUACGCCUUCAUUUGCAUAACUUCAGUACAAAACCAAAGAUUUCAGUCCUGCGCCAACCUCCGGGCUCGAGGCUAAAGGGGAGGGGGCAGAUGAUGUAAACCCAGCAGGAUUUUGCAGUCAGCACCCCAGACCUGGGCUUGGGGGUCAGAGGGAGGUGUUGAGCAGGUGUGGAGAGCAGAGGCUGGCAGAGUGGCCACUUGAAACCACCUCCAUUUCAGGUCCUGCCUGGAUCUUGAUGCAGUAUUUCAGCACGGAUUCAGGGAGGGAUACUCUGGUAUUCCCAAGCUGCAAACCAGGCUGAGCAUCUUCAUCACAUUGUGAGCACUUGCUCAGGUGUCCUAUCCCUCACUGCAGCUCCUGUUUUUUCCCUGGAAUAGGCUUUUUAUAAUGAUGGAGAAGCUGUGGGGUGAAUGGAAAGUAACCAAGAGGUUCCUCACAGUGUAUUGAUGAAGGUAAAAAAAUUUAGGUUGCCUGCAGGUAGAAAUAGUUCCUCACCCAGUGCUGUAUCUUAGAAAUUUGUUUAAAAAAAAAUAAAAUAAAAUGGGGAGGGGGUGGUAAGCUCAGGAUUAGACUAGGCCAGGCUGUGGAUUCUCCAUCAGUGGAAGUGUUAGGGGCAUGUCCUGCUCUGGCUGCAGGGUGUUGUAGAAUCCCACAAGGUGCUGGAGCAGACUCAGGGAGCCUGGAGAGCAUGGGGCAGCUCAGGAGGAGCUUUCAGUAUUGCUGGGAUGGGGUAGGAUUCCUCUGGGCAGCUCCUUGAGCUGCUGGGGUUCACUUCUUGCUGGGUUUUCGAGGCUGUGGGAGAGGAGGGAUCUUUUCCCCUUGUGCUGAGCUGCUGGCUGAGCUCCUGUGUCACAUCCAUCCUUUGGGAUUUGGCCAUUUCUGAGACCCUCUGAGCUAAGGAAGAAUUGGCAAAUUUGGAGAGCAAUAAAGGCUUGAUGGGGCAAUGCAGAUGGAUCAAUCCUUGCCAGGGUGUUCCUCUGAGGGAUGAGAUGCCCUUUGAGGUCACACCUCGGGAUCUCUCUCAUCCCGUUCUCUGGUUUGUGGAUCCCUGCACCAGGAUGUGCAUCUGUCUGUCCAUCCAUCCUUCCAUCCUGCCUCUCUCCAUCCCUCUGUGCUCAUCCUCCCCUUUUUUUGGGCAGGCAGCUGGCUUGGCUGAAGUUUGGGGAGAUUCUCCCUGUUUUUCUGACCGGGGAACCUGCAGCAGGAGCAGGGCAGGGGGAUGCAGGGUUUGCCUCCCUCCCCAUCCAGGGGUUUCUCCAGCCAGGAAUUUUGGCAAAGGCAGCCCCAUGGUCCAUGUUGUGCUGGCAGUGUCCAUCUCUUGCUCCAAAAUGUGUUUCCAUAUUUAUAUGUCCAGGGGAUGGGCCUGGUGGCAUCCUCUAAACCCACAUCUGUUUAUUCUGUAAACUAAAGAACUGUAAAUAAAGUUUAGCAUUCCUAUUGUAACAAAUUAAUUUUUAUGCAAUAAAUUAUAUUUCCUAGUCUAAUAAUAAAAAAAAACAAAAAAAAAAUUAAAAAAAAAAGGAAACAAUCUGCUCUCUCCUCUCCUGUUCAUCACUCACUGGUUCCUGCUGUGUUUGGAUUUGCAGAUUGAUUGAUGGUAUUGAUGGUUUGUUUUGGGCUCACAUUAUUCACAUUACUGCUGCUCUCCUGCCUCAGUCCCAGCAAGGGAAAGAAGGCAGGAGGGUGUUCAGGGAGGUUCCAGGAGCUCACUGUCCCUGCCUGGGUCACUCAGCUCACCAGGAGAUGGCAACAU